UCUGUGUCUAACGGAAGUAAAAGAGGAAACUUUCUCAGUUUUCUACUUCCUAGAACUCCGAAACUCCAAUCUUGGAGCAACUAAAAGGAGACAAAAUCAUCAUGGAACCUGACAAUUCACAACCUUUCAGAACAGACACGCCGGAGAAGGAUCCGGCGCCGGCACAAACUGAUCAUCAAUCUGGAAAAAGGGUUUCUGCAUACGAUCUUAUGGUAGUGGAGGGUGAUUUAGAGGGAUCUGAUCCAAAAAAUGAGGAGAUACAUGAAAUGUUAGACCAGAUUGAGGAGAAAGCUUCAUCAGUUCUCGAGUUCUCCCUUCGGUGGGAAGAAAUCGACGAGCAAUUUGAUUUGCUAAAGCAACGAGCCAUGGAAGUGGAUUUAAAAGAGGAAUCUUUAAGGAAGCAGGUUCUGGAGCUGGAUAAGAGGGAAGAGCGAGUGAAGCUGGUUGAAGAGAGAGAGAGGGGGAGGGCUGAGUUGAUUGAAAAGGAAGCUCAGUCUCUGGAAGCAAAUGUGGUGGGACUAGUUCUUCAGAUGCAGAAUGAAGAAAUGGUGGGUUCUCAACUUAACUCACGAGAGAAAUUGCUUGGUUUGCUUCAGGAUUCGAUGAUGAAGAAACAUGAAGGGUUGAUUGCUGAGCUUGAAGCGAGGGAAAAGGAGGUUGCUUUGCUUUCUAAGUCGAUCGAUGAGAAAUCUUUUGACUUUGAGAUGAAAGUGAAAGACUUUGACCUGAAGCAAACCGCAGAGACUGAGAGAAGGAGAAAAGAAGCUGAGCUGAUGGAAGCAUCUCUUAGAGAACUUGAAGCGAGGGAGUAUGCGCUCAGGUUGCUUAAUGACACCAUUAGAGAGAAAUCGGCUGCACUGGAGAAGAAAGAAGAGAACUUUCAACUAAAACAAGAAGAAGUAGCUAGUGCGAUCGAUGUGAAGCGCAAGUCCCUUGAGUUAAAGGAAAAAGAACUUGAAGAAAGAGAGAAAGAGAUUGAAUUGAAACAGAUAGAAGACGAAGAACUAUCAAUGCAAGCAUUGACUCGGAAGAGAUCUAGGCUGGAAUCGGGGCUUUCAUUGGUGGCAACGAAGGGCAGAGACGCUGAGGCUCAUACACAACACAACCAUAAUAAUGAAGACAAGGGAAAUAAUUCGGUUUCUGUAGAUUCAGCUUCUAAAUCCUCUCCUGUACUAAUAAGUGAAGCAUAUGAAGAAGUUGUCUCCAGUGAGAACAGUGAUGAGGAACAUGAGCCAUUACUGUGUGCUGAUUCAGAGUUUAAUGAUUUCGGCAAGACAAUGAGAUCUUUCAUGGCUGGUCAAGUUUGGGCUCUAUAUGAUAGUAUAGAUUCUAUGCCUAGGUUGUAUGGUCGGAUCAAGAAAAUUACUAAUCGUGGGUCGAGUCUUCAUCUGACAUGGUUUGAAUCUAAAGAUGAGAAAUCUGUUCCUUCUGGUUGCGGGAGGUUCAAGCUGGGGAUUACAGAAACCAUAAGCGACCUGACCUUUUCUCAUGUGAUGCAUCCCAUCAUACAUGGCAGAAACUUCAUCGCUGUGAUUCCAAGGAGAGGCGAAACGUGGGCUCUUUUCAGAGACUGGAGCAAAAGCUGGAACAAUAACCCGAAACAGCACAAGCCUUCUUAUAAGUACGACUUUGUGGAAGUUCUCGUCAACUUCGACGACUGUCUAGGAGUUGGAGUGGCCUAUUUAGGAAAGGUUGAAGGAUUUGUAUCGGUCUAUGAAAAAGCUGGGCAGCAUGGAGUCGUCUCACUCAUGAUCGCACCAGAGGAAAUGCAAAGAUUCUCUCACAGAGUGCCAUCAUUUAGGUUGAAUGGAGAGGAGAGAGAGGGAGUUCCCGCUGGUUCUUUCGAGCUAGACCCUGCUGCUAUCAUCAGUGUUCCACUCAAGCCUGAUCGCUCCAUCCGUGAGGAAGCAGAAGAAACAGCAAGGCAGAGCGAGGAUUGUGGUAAAACUUGUGAGGUUGAUGAUCAAGAUGGGUUAAGAAAAGAUUUCCCCAUUAUCUUAGAUUGAAGUUGGUCUAUAUUUAUGAGUCUGAUGGUCUUAGUUCUUCUAAGAUGGAAGUAUUUUAUUUCUCUAAUAAUGGCUUCUUGUUGCAGAAAUUGGUACUGUGAUCUUCUGGACAUGUCUUUGUUUCUUGAAUGGUAACUUCAGGCGAUAGUUUAUUUUUUUUGCAGUAUUAGUGCUGACAUAAUAUCACUUU